GCCGGGGCUGAGCCCCCGCCGGGCCAGCGCCGCGGCCCGGGGUGCACGGCGGAGCGCGGGACAGGUGCGCGGCCCCGUGCUGCUCUUGAGUUGUCAUCGCCUGCCACCGGGCCCUCGCCAUGCGGACCGCGGGAGCGACCCCUCCCUGCGCGGCCCUGCUGCUCCUGCUGCUCCUGGGGGGCACCCACGGCCUUUUCCCUGAAGAACCGCCGCCGCUCAGCGUGGCCCCCAGGGACUACCUGAAAUUCUACCCCGUGUUCGUGGGCGGUGGACCCGGGCGCCCGGGCCCCGCGGAGCCCACUGAGGACCUCAACAUCCAGCGCGUGCUUCGGGUCAACAGGACUCUGUUCAUCGGGGACAGGGAUAACCUGUACCGAGUGGAGCUGGAGCCCCCCACGUCCACGGAGCUGCGGUACCAACGGAAGCUGACCUGGCGCUCUAACCCCAGCGACAUAGACGUGUGCCGGAUGAAGGGCAAGCAGGAGGGCGAGUGUCGGAACUUCGUGAAGGUCCUGCUGCUCCUUGAUGAGUCCACGCUGUUCGUGUGCGGUUCCAACGCCUUCAACCCGGUGUGCGCCAAUUACAGUAUGGACACGCUGCAGCCUGUCGGGGACAACAUCAGUGGCAUGGCCCGCUGCCCCUACGACCCCAAGCACGCCAAUGUCGCCCUUUUCUCAGACGGGAUGCUCUUCACGGCCACCGUGACCGACUUCCUGGCCAUUGACGCUGUCAUCUACCGCAGCCUUGGGGACCGCCCCACCCUGCGCACUGUGAAACACGACUCCAAGUGGUUCAAAGAGCCCUACUUUGUCCAUGCGGUACAGUGGCGCAGCCACGUUUAUUUCUUCUUCCGGGAGAUCGCGAUGGAGUUCAACUACUUGGAGAAGACAGUGGCACCGCGCCUGUCUCGAAAGUGCAAGGUCCCAAUGGGUGGUCUUGGGGAUGCUGAGAAGGCUCCAGCUGAGGUUGUGCGGGACGUGCAGAGGUGGGCUCGGUGAACACCGGGGGCUGAGGACCCAUCCAACAGCAGAGGACAGGCUCCGUCCCGCUUCCCGGGGUGCCGCCCCCGCCAGGCUCACCAGAGCUCCGUCUGCACCCCCAGCAUCCCGGGCUCGGCUGUGUGCGCCUUCGACAUGAGGCACGUGGCCGCUGUGUUCGAGGGCCGCUUCCGCGAGCAGAAGUCACCCGAGUCCAUCUGGACCCCGGUGCCGGAGGACCAGGUGCCACGGCCCCGGCCAGGGUGCUGUGCAGCCCCGGGCUCUCAGUACAACGCGUCGAGCGCUCUGCCCGAUGAGAUCCUCAACUUUAUCAAGACGCACCCGCUGAUGGACGAGGCAGUGCCCUCGCUGGGCCAUGCGCCCUGGAUCGUGCGCACGCUCAUGCGGCACCAGCUCACCCGAGUGGCCGUGGAUGUGGGCGCCGGGCCCUGGGGCAACCAGACCGUGGUCUUCCUGGGCUCCGAGGUGGGCACUGUCCUCAAGUUCCUCGUCCGGCCCAACGCCAGUGUAGCGGGCACCUCUGGGCCCAGUGUCUUCCUGGAGGAGUUUGAGACCUACCGGCCCGACAGGUGCGGACGACCUGGUAGUGGCGGUGAGACAGGGCAGCGGCUGCUGAGCCUGGAGCUGGACGCGGCCUCGGGCGGCCUGCUGGCGGCCUUUCCCCGAUGCGUGGUCCGCGUGCCUGUGGCCCGCUGCCAGCAGUACUCAGGAUGCAUGAAGAACUGCAUCGGCAGCCAGGACCCCUACUGCGGCUGGACCCCUGACGGCUCCUGCAUCUUCCUCAGCCCAGGGACCAGAGCCGCCUUUGAGCAGGACGUGUCUGGUGCCAGCACCUCAGGCUUAGGGGACUGUACAGGCCUCCUGCGCGCCAGCCUCUCGGAGGAGCGUGCUGGGCUGGUGUCGGUGAACCUGCUGGUGACCUCGUCAGUGGCGGCCUUCGUGGUGGGCGCCGUGGUGUCUGGCUUCAGCGUGGGCUGGUUCGUGGGCCUGCGCGAGAGGCGGGAGCUGGCGCGGCGCAAGGACAAGGAGUCCAUCCUGGCGCACGGCGGCGGCGAGGCGGUGCUGAGCGUGAGCCGCCUGGGCGAGCGGCGUGGGGCCGGGCCCGGGGGCCGCGGCGGGGCCUUGGGCGGGGCCGGGGGUCCCCCCGAGGCCCUGCUGGCGCCCCUGAUGCAGAACGGCUGGGCCAAGGCCACGCUGCUGCAGGGCGGCCCGCACGACCUGGACUCGGGGCUGCUGCCCACGCCCGAGCAGACGCCGCUGCCGCAGAAGCGCCUGCCCACGCCGCAUCCGCAGGUGCACGGCCCGGGCCCCCGCGCCUGGGACCACGGGCACCACGCGCUGUUGUCCGCGUCCGCGUCGUCCUCGCUGCUGCUGCUGGCGCCGGCCCGCGCCCCUGAGCAGCCGCCCCUGCCGGGCGACACCGCCCCAGACGGCCGACUCUGUGCGUCCCGGCCCUCGCGCGCCUCGCACGCCGACUUCCCGCUCACCCCGCACGCCAGCCCGGACCGCCGGCGCGUAGUGUCCGCGCCCACGGGCCCCUCGGACCCGGGCUGUGGCGGCGACAGCCUGCCGCGGCCCUGGAGCCCGCCCCCGACGACGGGCAGCCUGCGGAGACCCGGUCCCCACGCGACCCCGGCCUCGGCGCUGCGCCGCACGCACACGUUCAACAGCGGCGAGGCGCGGCCCGGGGACAAGCACCGCGUGCGCCACGCGCGGCCCGGCUCAGACUCGGCGCACCUCCUCCCCUAUGGGGCAGGGGACAGGACUGCGCCCCCGGUGCCCUAAGCCGGGGACCCCAUGCCUUGGCAGUGCCAGCCACAGGAACCAGGAGCAGGAGACGGCGCCAGGAUGCCAGGCCCCGGCCGGCUCCGCUGGGUGCUCAAGCCCCCCCACCCCGGCCUUUCGGGGACCCCCCUCGGCCACACGGAAGCACAAGAGCACUGCUCCCCGCGGCGGCAGGCAGCUGGGGCGCAGGACCCUGAGACCACCGGGUUGGUUGGGCGGCCGGAGGGAUCUGCUGUGAAUUUGAGGUUGACCUUCUGCGUAGACAUUUUUGGUUUCUUUUGCAGUUUUUCUAAGGAAUUGCACAACUCCAGUUUGGGGUGGCGGCCGGAGGGGGUGGCUCUGGCGUGGGAUGGGGAUUAGGGGGCCACAGCUGCAGACCCAAGUCCCCCUACCUCCUCCAAAAGGUCCCUCCCCAGGCCGGGCCCCGGGCGUGUGUGGGCGUGUGCGCGUGUGCAUGCCGUGUUCGUGUGCAAGGCCCGGGGAGGGAGGCGCGAGUGUGUGUGCAGGGCCACCCGUGCAGUGCGUGUGUCUUAAGCGUGAGCUUGGGGACCCCCAGGGGCCCCGGGUCGGCUGAGCCAACGCCGGGGCUUCCGAGGUGCCGGUCAGAAGUUUGGGCCCGGCUUCUGCCAGGGGAGCAGGGACGACUGGGUCCAGGGGAACCGGAACCUGUCCACAGGUCACAUGGGCAGCAGCUCCGAAGGGCUCGGGGGUCUGGGGGCUGUGGAGGCUGGCAGGGCCCCCUGUAAAUACGGCCCCAGGGUGGUCAGAGAGUCCCAUGCCACCCGACCCCUUGUGACCCCCCCACCUCCAGCUGACCAUGCAUGCCACGUGGCCGGCUGAGUCUCCACCCUCUCUGGAGUUCACCUCCGCCGGCCCCCUCCCCAUCAAUAAAACUGUUUACAACCACCGGCCCCCACGGCUCUGGACCUGCUCUGUGCCCUGGGGGUGGCCCGGUACAGUUGGGGGCAGCUUGGAGACCCCUGGCAGUGUCAGAACACGCAACAGAAAUCUGAGGUGGGGCUCCCUGUAUGUCAUCCUGGAGACUUGGGAGGCUGAGGAAGGAGGAUCUUUUGGAGGGAGUA